AUGGACAAUCAAAGAGAUAUUGUAAUCGUUGGUGCCGGUGUCAUAGGUUUAUCGACAGCCUGGAUUUUGUCAGAACUUGGUCUGGGAACUCGAAUCAUCAUUGUCGCCAAACACACACCUGGUGACUUGUCCAUUGAGUAUACUUCGCCUUGGGCCGGUGCAAAUUUCAGUUGUAUUUCGUCUAGCAAUCCAUCCGCAUUACGGUGGGACGAAAUUACCUAUAACCGGUUAGUGUAUUUGGCAAAUACACAAAAGCAAUCAAGUGUAACGCUUGCACCUACGCGGGAAUAUUGGGAGCAUGCUCAAACGGAAACGAAAAUCCAGUCACUUGGCAAAUACAUGAAGGAUUUUAAACUUAUUCCGUUAGAAGAACUUCCAGAAGGCUGUAAGUUCGGGUACACGGGGACGACAAUUUUGUUGAACGCACCGCACUAUAUUCAGUACAUUUACGAUAUAGUCAUUAAAGCCGGUGUCCAUGUGGUAAAGCGAGAGCUGAAACACAUUUCUGAGGCUUUAGAAGUCACCCCCUCGAAACCAAGCGUUGUCUUCAACUGCACAGGUAUCGGAGCGUACAGGCUUCCCGGUGUCGAAGAUCACAAUGUGUAUCCCACACGCGGACAGGUUGUUUGUGUUGAUGCUCCUCAUAUUAAGGAAACCCGGUCGUUAGACACGGAUACUAGCAUAACCUAUAUCAUUCCCCGACCCAUGGACGGAGGUGUAAUACUCGGUGGGUAUCUUCAACGGGGAAAUUGGGAUGCUGAGGCGAAACCCGAAGAGACGCAAUCCAUUUUAGAACGAGCAUAUGCACUCAUGCCAGAGUUGACGCACGGAGAAGGUGUAAAAGCCUUCAAAAUCCGCAGUGUUGGUGUUGGUCUGCGGCCUUCUCGAAAGGGAGGUGCCCGGGUAGAACUCGACGUGGUUCCUGGUUCUUCAGUUCCUUUGGUUCAUAAUUAUGGUGCCUCAGGUACGGGUUAUCAAGCGGGUUACGGCAUGUCCUUGGAUGCAGUUAUGCUUGUUUUGCCCAAACUAAUUGUUCGUCAAUCUUAA